AAACGCCUAUUCUCAUUCUUGUUGUAACAAUCAAAAUUAUCCUGAAAAAAAUAUCAAUUGAAGUUCCUUCCUCCAUUACAAUAAUAAUUUAAGCAAAGAAAUUUGUACAAGCUACUUGAACUAUUCAACUCGGUGGCUUUUAAUAUUCAAUCGGCAGAGAUACUUGACUUCAACAUUCAAAUGAAAAUCAUCAUUAGCUUAAUCACUGUUAAUGACUUCUUCUCACAACAUUCUUCAAUCUCGGGAGGUGUUUUCAGUUUACUUAGUUUAGAAAUGAAAGGAUUUCUACUUGUGAUUUUUCAACUCUCUUUAAUUCUUUCUAUCAUUGUUCGUGCCCAGAAUCCAUCAGGAUUCGUCAGCAUUGACUGCGGACUUGUGGAUGAACCAAGCUAUACAGAUGAAACUACCGACAUCUCUUACUCUUCGGAUGUCAAUUUCACAGACGGUGGUGUAAGCUACAGCGUAUCAUCUACAUAUAAGCCUUCCCUUGCAAGACAGUUCUGGAAUGUUAGAAGCUUUCCCGAUGGAACCAGGCACUGCUAUACCCUGGUUUCUCAAGGAAGUGGCAAUAAAUAUUUGGUGAGGGCAAGGUUUGCAUAUGGAAGUUACGACGGAAAAGAAUCUCUUCCCGAAUUUGACAUUUAUAUCGGAGAAAAAUGGUGGGGAUCAGUGGUGUUUGAGGAUGCAUCCAGUGUAGUCACCAAGGAAAUCAUUUAUGCUGCUUCCUCAGAUUACGUUCAUGUUUGUUUAUUCAACACUGGCAAGGGUACACCUUUUAUUUCAGUUUUAGAGGUUAGAGUUCUUAACAGUGAUGCCUACCUAGUCAACUAUGGGGAGCUCUUGGCAAGGCUUGAUGCAGGCUUACAAGAUGGUGAAAUAGUCAGAUUUCCAGAUGAUGUCUAUGAUAGAAUAUGGACGCCUUAUAACUCAACUGACUGGAAUCAGAUAGAUACCCUCCUUACCAUAGACCAAGGUGCUACUUCAUUUAACUUUUUACCAUUGCCACCCUCCAUUGUCAUGGGAACUGCAGCAAUUCCAGCAAAUGUCACCGACAAUAUAGAGCUCCGCUUCGUUCCCAUGUAUAAUUCUUCCACACUUUAUGUGUACAUGUUCUUUGCUGAAAUCCAGAAGCUUGAGGCAAACCAAACUAGAGAGUUCAACAUUUUUGUAAAUGGGAACAUUUUAAAUAUUGAUCCAAUCAAUCCUCCGUACCUGCAGAGUGAGUAUUAUAUGGCUAUAAGCGUAAAUUCGUUGGAACUUUCGAUUAAUAAAACUAGUAGAUCAACUCUUCCACCUCUUCUCAACGCCAUUGAGAUAUAUACGUCAAGAAACUUCUCACAAUCAGAAACAAAUCAGAAAGACGCUGAUGGUAUCAGAAAUGUCAAGUCAAUGUAUGGAAUCAAGAGAAACUGGCAAGGAGAUCCUUGUACUCCACUGGUCUACUUGUGGGACGGUCUUAACUGCAGCUAUGCUGAAUCUGCUUCAGCAAAGAUUGUAUACUUGAACUUAUCUUCCAGUGGUUUAAUUGGUAAUAUAGCUUCUGGCAUAUCCAAUCUGCAGUACAUAGAAUAUUUGGAUUUGUCAAACAACAACUUGACCGGGGCCGUGCCUGAUUUCCUACAUCAACUACGCUUCUUAAGAGUUCUAAACCUAGAAAACAAUCAGCUAUCAGGAACAAUUCCAACGCAACUCAUUCAACUUUCCCAGAACGGUUUACUUCAAUCCAAUUUUGGUGGAAAUCCAGAUCUUUGCACACAAGGUUCAUGCAACAAUAGUAAUGGCAACAGGGUUAUAGUUCCACUGGUGGCAUCGCUGGGAGGAGCUUUUCUGAUACUAAUAAUAGCAGUGAUUUCUUUCUGCAUACACAAAAGGAGACAACUAGCUCUCCGGAGAAAACAGAUGGCCUAUUCCAGAAUAAAGGAGGAACUAGAGUCUAAUAAACAAGAAUUCACCUAUGCCGAAGUCCUGACAAUGACCAAAAAUUUAGAAAGAGUUGUAGGGAAAGGAGGAUUUGCAACAGUCUACUAUGGCCGGAUAGAUGAUACUGAGGUAGCUGUCAAAAUGCUCUCUCCUUCAGCCCAAGGGUAUCUGCAAUUUAAGGCAGAGGCCAAAUUUGUUGCUGUAGUUCAUCAUAAAUUUUUAACUUCUCUAAUAGGAUAUUGUGAUGAUGGCGAGAAAAUGGCUCUCAUCUAUGAGUAUAUGGCUAAUGGAGACUUCUCAAAACAUUUAUCAGGCAAAAGCAAAAUUAUAUUGAGUUGGAACCAACGACUUCAAAUUGCAGUGGAUGCUGCAGAAGGAUUGGAGUAUUUGCACCAUGGCUGCAAUGCGCCAAUUGUUCACAGAGAUGUUAAGACUCAAAACAUCUUGGUGAAUGAAAAUUUGAGGGGUAAACUAGCUGAUUUUGGGUUGUCAAAGAUCUAUCCUAAUGAAAGUGACACCCAUAUGGUCACAGUGGUAGCUGGCACCCUUGGUUAUCUUGAUCCAGAGUACCAUAGAUCAAACAGGUUGAAGGCAAAAAGUGAUGUUUUCAGUUUUGGAGUAGUACUGCUUGAGAUAAUCACAGGUCAACCUGCUAUAACCAAAUCUGAAGAGAAAAUUCACAUAAUUCAAUGGGUUGAUUCUGAGCUUCUUGAAAAGGAGAUCAAAGAUAUUGUAGAUUCAAGAUUGCAGGGAGAAUUUGACAUUGAUUCUGUAAAGAAGGUUUUAGACAUUGCAAUGGCUUGUGUAGCACCCAUUUCCAUUAACAGGCCAACCAUGAGUCAUGUAGUUCACGAACUGAAACAGUGUUUGUCAAACGAGAUUAUUCCUCCCUUUAACUCUGACAAUCUUAAGAGUUCAUCCAACAGCUCAAUCACUGUUUCCUUUGAUGGAAUUAGUGGACUGAGCUCUCUAGUGAGAUAGUGAAUUUGGAAAAGUUUUGGUGUAAAUG